AUGUUAAAUGAUAACUCAUCCAAAAAUAUUGCAGAAGGUAUAAUAGAGCAAAUAAGUGAUGCAGAUAAUUUCAAUUGGAGAUUUCAUGAUGAGCGAUAUAGUGCAAAAAAUAAGCAAGAAAUUAAUUUUCGAUAUAAAUGUUCUCAAAGGUCUGAUUGUGCAAAAAAACUCUGGAAAUGUUUUAAUCCAGAAAAGCAAUGUGAUACUCUUCCUAUGAAACGAUUUGAUUGUCAUGGAGAAAUUAAUAUUGUCAUUGAUCUUGAAAUGAAGAUAACAUCAGUAAAUGUUAUUCAUAAAAUAUUGCAUGAAUUACCUAAAGAAAUUGGUGUACCUAAUUGUGUGAAAGAUUUUAUUAGUGAAAAUAUUGAUCUACUGCCAAAAGAGAUAUAUGCACGCCUUGUGGAAAAUGGCCUAGAUCCAGAAAUUUGCUAAAAUCAGAUUUAUUUUUGGUGGAGUAAAUUGGGGGAAAUUAGAUAUAAAAGAGAUUCCAAUACCUUUCUAUCAGCCAAAGUUUUGUUAGAGGAAUAUAAUUGUAUGAAAAUACUAGAAGUAGAUUUUCCAGUACAAGCUAUUGCCUUUGAAAUAGGAUUGUAUCAAAUGCUAAUUAAAAUAAUAUUUUAAUUAAGGAAUUUGGGAUUGAUGCUACAUGUAAGUUAUAUAUUAUAAAAUAAGUAAUUAUUUUAUUAUCUUAUAUAUUAUAUGUACAAGUAACAUUAA